AUGCAUCAUUUAUCCGUCUGCAAACAUUUCACUGAACACUACACAACCGCCACCACGAUGCCAAAAGGCAAAGCAAAGAGGCGUAACCCGCGACCGUACCACGGCUCUGCAGAGCCGUAUGAGACUCACCAAGGCUCAUCACACAGACGUGGCGGUACGCACAAAGUACACGAUGAGAACAAGACUGACUCCGUCUACGACAACUUGAACUACAAAGAGCUAGUCGAAACAGCAAAGGAGCGCAGUAUCUACCGCAAGGAUAUGAAGAAAGUAGAGAUGGCUUGGGCCCUAAAGCACGACGACGAGAAUAAGAAGCGUGCUGAACAGGACGCCCGUAUUGCACGGCAAAGGAAGCUGGAGGAGGCGAAGAAGGAAGAGGAGAGAAAGGCUGCGGAGAAGAAGGCACAGCUCAUUGCUAAGCAAAAGAAAAGAAGAGAGAAAGAGAAGAGGAGAGAGCGUGACGAAAGCGUCAGUGAUGACACUGUCAGUGAUGCCGACUCAGAAGACGACGAAGACGCAGGGAAUGAGUACAACCGCGAGAGAUUUGGUCAGGCGCUCAGUGAAGAAUCGUGGGAUAGCAGUUCUUCAGAGUCAAGUGCUGCACCAGCAGACCAGAUCUACGAGACUGGAUGCAGACUUCGCCUGUUCGAAUGGCCAAACCAAACCAUGCCAUCCGUCAAACCCGGAGGUUGGGACUACAAAAGAUGGUGUCCGCUGCCCUUGCCCUGUCCCGUGCCUUAUGCACCUCUAAAGAUUACAACGAUGUAUAGCAAGCAAAAGCUCAUAUUGCCAGGGGCAAAAUACCCACCAGGCGUCGCCCCAGACUUCGUCCCGAUCCUAAACCCCUUGAUCCGAUCCGCAGCACGUAAUGGUCAUCUCCUCGGCCCACUCCGCAAAGCCAGCAUCGAAAGAGGUACGGAUUGGGCUCAACGCACCCUCGUCCAGGGCUGCAAUGGCCACAUGUACUUCCACCUCGGUUCGCGAAACGAGACCAAAGUCCUAGCCGACACAUACAACAAGUGGUAUCUUGAGAACAGGAAGUUGCUGCGCGUCAAGGGAAAGGGUAAUGGAGAUCCGAGUGAUCGCGCUGCGCGGCACGCUCAAAGGCAGAGGAACAAGGCGAAGAAGACGGCGGAGGUAUAUGAGGUGUCGCAGUAUCGGCCGCUGGCUAUGUGUUAUGUGCCCGCUUAUGUGGACUACGGUGAGCCGGUUCGAGACGAUGUGGAGAGGAAGAGCUUGGAGAACUUGUUCUUUGUCAGGUUUCCCGGGUGCGAUGUACCGCAUUACUACUUCUGGGCAAGGGAAGGGGAGUGGGAUGAUCCUACGGCGGUGAACCCGGAGUGGAGCGCUCAACAGUGGACAGACAAGGGCACUAUGCGCACGGAAGAGAUCGAAACCGGAGGAGAAGAAUUGAGGAUUAGUCGGCCUAUUGAGACGCAGUUGGUACGUAUACGCAAAUCAUCGACUGACGUCCCUUUCUCCCCGCCUUUCUCAAGCCCGUCAAAUAUCACCGAGACCAUCGCGCUCGUCGAGCACCAGAUCCACUGCGACGGCCUGUCCGGAACCCUCGCGCGCUACCGGCAGAAGUGGGCUGUGGAUGGGAAACAACGUGCUUGGAACACCUUUACCGCAGCGUUGCCGAGGCUUUGGCCCAGUGGCGAGAUACCAAGCGUGCCACCCGUACAUAGCGAACCGGGAGUGAAGCUUUCUGUAAAGCUGGCUACGAUUGAUUGCAUGAAAGAGUAUGGCGAAACGCCGUUCAGUCCGUUGAAUGGUACUGAGGCGUGGACGAGAGAUGAUGAUAGAGUGUGGGAUGUUGUUGAGGUUAACGUCGAGGAAGACCCCGUAUCACCUAUCACUUCACCCAAAGAAUACGACGAUGCCGACGACACUGAGGGUAACGAUAAGGAAGAAGAGACUGGUAAUUCUGAAAAAGACGACGGCAACGCAGCAGACGAAGAGACGUUGCAUCGCCGUGAUAGCGUGAUGUCCGUGUUGGAUUUCACGAUGUCAGAUUCCGUUGUGGCAUGGCUGGAACAAGUCAAGGAUAUUUCUGCAGUGUCGCCUACACCGAGCGAACCGUUUGAUAGAGAUAUAGAACUAUACGAGUAG